AUGCGUCUCUACUACGUCGCACUAGUUGCAGCUGCUGCAUUGUAUACAAGCACUGAUGGGCUUCCUGUUGUCACCAGCUCAGCCCUGAGAGGAACCGCCGCCGACAAGAAGGAGCUUUCCAUCGAAGACAAGACAGAGCGCUUCCUCAUUGCCGAAUCCGCGACUGCGUUAAACGCCCAGAUUGGGCAGGAUGUAAACACGCCCGAUGAAGAUGAGGAAGAAAGAAAAUUUAAGUUGUUUAAGAGAAACAAGCACAAACACAAACACAAGCACAAGCACAAACACAAACACCAUAAGAAGAAGAAGAAAAGGAAGAAGAGAGAUUUUUCCGACGCCGACCCCGACUCCGACACCAAAAAAGGUCGGUCUUCACGUCAUCGUUACUUUUUCGAGUGA